AUGCCGCUUCCUGUUACGCGGGCAAUCCAAACGGUCGAUAAGUACCUGUCCGAUCAGAGCAGCAACAGCAAUUUCCUACGCGACGGCUCGGCACACCUGCGCCCGCCGGACGCCACUGCAGGCGAAGAUCCACAGAAACGCAUUCUCCCAGCCUUCCGCGAGACAUGGCGGGGUGGGCCAAACAUCAUCUCGCCCAACCACGGUGCGUACUUCGUCGCAGCAGACUGCAUCUGGCAUGACCGCAACCGCAUCGCACCGGAAGAACUAGAGGCGGUGGCCCACUGCACAGUCGCCGCGGGAACUGGUGAGCAGCUUGCGGCGAUGAUCCCGCUCUGCGCGCGCUGCGACGUGGAGGCGCUGCCGGCCAUCUGCGCCACGUCGCCGCAGGAACGAAACAUUGUCGGCCUGCUGAAACGCGCCCGCCAGGACAGAGUAAAGCUGCACCGCCAAUGCAAAAACAACUACCUUCACGGUGCAUUAGGUCUCCAAGAGAACCCGUACGGCGACGCUGGGGAAGUGUACAAGAAUGUUCAGCAGCGGCUGGCGCACGCCUAUGUGAAGUCUGUCGGGGCAAUAAAGGGGCAAGUCCCGCAUCAGGAGGACAGCCUCUUCGGCAGCAUCGCACUGCGCCAGUCAUCAGAGGUGCGCUGCAAAGGUGGAGUCGAGCCGGCUAGCAACCUGCUUGGUUCAGUACACAUCAGUGACUUAAUGUAA